UUUGCUGGACAAAUGAUUGACAGCCCCUCGGUGACAUCACUGUACGACAAAAAGAGUCGCCGGGGGAAGAGAAGGCACCAAUCAAUUGAGCCACUACAGCGUGGCGCACGGAGGAGCGGCGGCGCGCUCUCCCGACUCGCAGCGGCAACGUCCCAAGGAGCGACUCCUCCACCGUGCGCUCGUUUCUCCCAAAAAAAAAAGAAAAGCCAGCGCCAGGGAGCUUUUAUUUCCUCUUUAAGAUGUCCAGUCAAGGCCCUUUAAAGUUAGAUCGGUUAUGCCUACGCGACGCCGUUUCCUCAUAGACUUAACAUACUUUUUUUUUCCUCUUUCCGUGCUGACCAAGACCUAACCCGAUUUGCAGCUGGUGAGAAUAUGUGCGAGAGGCGAUCGGAGAAGGGUUUGGGCUGUCUCUGGUCCCCCAAGGAGAAACAGCGUGGAUUAAACACGAAUUAAUGUGGAAUUUAUCGGAGCCCAAAGGUGGAACGACGACCGGACACAGCGCUUCCUCGUCAGGGACUGACUGAUCAUGGUCGCCGUGGUCCGCUCUCUCACGGUACUGCUGCUCGCUCAGGUGUUGCUGGAAGGUGCUACGGGACUCAUCCCCGAGGUCGGCCGGAGGAAGUACAGCGAGUCCGGGAAGCAGACCCCGGAGCACUCGGACAGCUUCCUCAACGAGUUUGAGCUUCGGCUUCUCAAUAUGUUUGGACUGGGCCGCAGGCCGACCCCGAGCAAGCAAGCGGUGGUGCCGCAGUACAUGGUGGACCUCUACCGCAUGCACUCAGCAAACGGAGACCACAGCACUAAAAGACCCAAGAGCAUGGGGAAACACGCAGAGAGAGCCGCCAGCAAGGCCAACACGAUUAGAAGCUUUCACCAUGAAGAGUCCAUGGAGGCCCUGGCUAGCCUGAAAGGAAAAACCACCCAGCAGUUCUACUUCAACCUCACUUCUAUCCCAAACGGGGAGCUCAUCUCCUCCGCAGAGCUGCGCAUUUACAGGAAUCAGGUCAUGGGAGCUGCCAUCCCCAACAACGGCAGCGCUAGCGACAGCGCUGCUGCUGCUGCUGGCUUCCAUCGUAUCAACAUUUAUGAGAUAUUCGGAGUUCCUGGGACUCACGGCGCAGAGCCUCUGGUGCGUUUGCUGGACACUCGGUUGGUGCAGGACUCUUUGAGUCGCUGGGAAAGCUUCGACGUCAGUCCUGCCGUGUCUCAGUGGACGUCUGGGAAGGGCCACAAUCACGGCUUCAUGGUGGAGGUGCAUCACCCAGAGGAACGGGAGGCGGACGGCGAGCAUGCCCAAAGACGGAGUCGGCAUGUCAGGGUGAGCCGGUCCCUGCACCAGGACCAGGACUCUUGGCCUCAGGCCCGGCCCCUGCUGGUGACUUACGGCCACGACGGCCGCGGGGACGCGGUGCUCCACACGCGGGGGAAAAGGCAGGCGGCUCCCCGCAAACAACGCAGGAAGCAGCCGCACAAAGCGAGCUGCAAGAGGCACGCCUUGUACGUGGACUUCAGUGACGUGGGGUGGAAUGAGUGGAUCGUGGCACCCCCAGGCUACCACGCCUUUUACUGCCAAGGGGAAUGUCCUUUCCCUCUGGCAGACCACCUCAACUCUACCAACCAUGCCAUUGUGCAGACACUUGUCAACUCUGUCAACUCCAACAUCCCCAGAGCCUGUUGCGUUCCCACUGACCUCAGCCCCAUUUCCUUGCUCUACCUGGAUGAAUACGAAAAAGUCAUUCUGAAAAACUACCAAGACAUGGUGGUGGAGGGAUGUGGCUGCCGAUGAGACCUCCGUCCCCGAGAGGAACCGAAGAGACUGAGAGAGAUCAGAGGUUAUCAUGGACACCCCGUUUCCCAAUGAAGACAUU